AUCAGCAGAAGUUCUCAGCAAUCUACAGCUGCUGGUGAGGUCAAGCUGCCAGAGCUAAGAGAAUUUUGCAUGGAACCAGUGGUCAACCAACCUUGGGUAAAGCAGCAAACCAUGAAGGACAAUGCUGGGGGCUCCAGGGAGCCGAAAAUAGAGGAAGAAAUUCAACGAGGACGGAACUUGCCCAAGAGAGAGACUUCCUCAACAGCGCUGGGCACCUGUGCCUCCCUGCCUCCCCUGAUGGUGCAGGAGAGCCUGUACCACCCAGUGGUGGAGAGCAGCUUCACCUUCCAGGAGUUCUUUAGCCUUAAGAACCCAGAGUUACCACCAGUGCCACCAACAGAAGCAGCUCCACCAGCUGCUGCCAGAGAUCCUGAAUUGAAGGACAUGAAAGAUGCAGUACAGGAGAGCAGCCAGGCAAAUGCAGCAGUGAUGGAACCAGUACUGCCAUCGAUAACAGGAGAGCCGUUAGUUGCACCUAAACUGACAGACCCUAAGCAGCAGGACAACAAAGCAGAUGCAGCAGUGACUGAUGAUACUGUACCUGUGACGCUAACAGCAUUUGAUCAACCCAUUGAUGCCUGUGAACUCACACUGAAGGACCCUGUUCAACCCUGCAACGACGUACUUACAGUUUUUGCUGAAACUCUACCUCUGUCACUUAGAGUAUCUGAUGAGCCCAUUGGUGCUAGCAAAUCCAAAAUAAAGGACCCAGAGGAUAUAAAGGACCAUGUUCAGAAGAGCAACGAUUUAGAUGCAAUGCAGACUGAGUCUCUACCUCUAUCAGUAGCAGUAUCUAGUCAUCUUGUUGAUGCCAAUGAAGUCAAUCUGAAGGGCACAAAAGAUUCUGACCAGCAGAGUAACAAAGCCAAUGCAGUGGUGGCUGAAACUGCACCUGUCUCAGUAGCAGUGUCUGAUCAACCUGCUAAUGCCAGUGCAUCUAAUUUGAGGGACCUUAAAGACCCUGUCCAAGAGAGCAAGAAUCCAGAUGCAGCCGUAUCUCUGUCCCUAAUAGCGGAUGCCGGUGAACCUGAACCGAAGGAUUUGAAGGACCCUUUUCAGCAAUGUAAUCAAGAGGAUUUAGUCAUAGAAACUCUUCCACUAUCAGUUCCUGAUCAGCUAUGUGAUACCAAUGAAUCUGAACUGAAGGGCUUGAAACGUUCUGUUGAGCAGACCAAUACCAAUGCUGUACUGGUUGAACUAUCAAUACUACCACCCUUGGUGCCUGAUCCAGCAUCUGUUUCCAGCAAACCUGAACUGAAUGACUUCAAGCACAACAUCCAACAGAGCAGCCAGGAAGAAGCAGUGGUGGCAGAACCUAUCCAAGAGUUAAAAAGAGUGGUUGAUCCAGCAGCCAGUUGCAGCAUUCUUGGACUGGAGGACCAUGAGCACUUUGUCCAGCAGAGAAGCCAAGCAGAAGGAGUUGAGCCUGAAGUUGAUGAGGUGAGGGAUGAAACUGAAAGGGAUUCAGCUGUCAUGGAGCACAUAGAUGCCAAGGAAGUAACACUGUUGUCUGAUGAAAGAGCCACAUUUGACCCUAAAAACAAAGUUGCCUCAGACACUUUGUCUAACGAAAAAUGGAAGAAAAAUAGUGACAUUGGCCUCAUGCCAACAGCUGACCAAAUAGAGUCUGAGAAAGAGGCUAUUCAGAGGCCAGAGGUCAAGGAUACUGGAGAUUCUAAGGAGGCAACAAAAACAGGUGGCUGGGAUUUGAAUAGAGAGACUGUGUCAGCUGCUAAAGAGGAGCACACCAGAAUAAUCAAAGGGGAUUCACCAGGAUUAGUGGACAAAGACCAGUCCGAGAAAAUGAGCACGUCCAUCUUACUGGCGCUGUGUGAUGCUUCACCUAAGUCAGACUUGAUUGAGCUAGAAAAAAAUAAAUCUUUUACAACAUCGCCUGCCAGUCCUCAGAUCGCUGAUGAUGAUUUACACAGAGAAACUUCAACAGGAGCCAGCACUGAGCUGACCUCUCCGACCUUCAGAGAUGAAAGUGCAGGUGCAAAACAUUCUGGGGAACAUGGAGUAAUUAUUUCUGAAAACCCACCAAUCAAACUACACAACCUCGUUGAUAACGUCAGGACUGCUUGUGAUGUGACCACUGCUGAUGUCCCUACUGAUUCAAAGAUGGAGGUUUCUGUUUUAAUGCAGAGUGAAUUCUGUAUCGCAUCCCCUGUUACGGCUAAAAGCGAAACCCCAGCUUCAUCAAGUCUUACCACUCUAGGUCCGCUACUCUGUCCUCAGGACCUUCUGAGUGACUGUGAGCUAACAUCAUUACACAUGGACACAGUGCACCAGGAGAAGACACAUGAAGCUGUGGCUUGUUCUUCGAAUGUGGAAAAUGGAAAAGAGGAAAUACCUCCUACAUCUCCCCAGGAGGCCUCUAGUCUUCACCACACCAAUCUAUCUGCCUUUCUCUCUCCCUCGCAUAAUGGAACAUCAAAUGAUGGUAGAAACAAAGGUGAGCAUGCUGAUUCAUUCUCUACAGAGUCAUACUUAGUCACUCCGCCUCUCGCAGACCAACCUGACAGAGCUACUGUCAGACGAGAUCAGGUUAGACAGGAAGUCACCAUCUCUGCUGCAGUAUUGAGUGGCUCAGAGAGGGAUGAAUUGGGGAAGGAGAAGCAGGCAGAGCAGAUUAACAGCACAAAGGCCUCAGUCCCACAAACAUCUCAGGGUGGGAUUUCUUCUAAAACUGAACCUGAACUUCCUGUGCCAAAGAAAGAGAAAGGGGGGGUUGAAGUAAAACUUUUCAGCACUAGUGUUGUUGAAAGCAAAUCUGUGAGCAAACCUGUCUGUGAAGAUGUGGGACUGGAAGUCACUGGGGUAUUAGACAAGCGGUCAGACCCUAAUCUUAUACAUUCAUCUAAGAGCAACGCACUCACUAUAAACCCUCUUUCCAGUGUGCUCACCACUGAACCUUUGAGUGUGGAGCCCAUCACUGAACCAGAUUUAACAACUGAUUCCAUCAGAACUGCACUGGAUAAAAACACUGGUUCUCCUCAAACUAAACCUGAGCUGGAACCUAAAACCCCUGCAGCUACUAUACCUCUGUCCUCUGGACCUGAAAUUUUACCUCUUAACCCUAUAACUCUCUCCAAAGCAGGACUUUUCUCUGCUCGGCUGGACCACAUUCCUGACCCUCCUGUGUUGAAACCCUCUGAGACUAGCCAAGAUGUAGAGGCUGAUGUCCUCUCCACUCAUCCUGAGUCCCUCAGUGCUGAAAAAGACUUGCUGAUUGAAACCCAUGGUGCUGGAGAUGUUAUGUGCAAACCCCUUUCAGCUCAGGCACAGAGUGCUGAGCUUCUUAAUGCUCCUGACCUUAACGUAGGACAUAUCAGUACCAAAGGUGAGCCAGGUGGAGAUGAGCCCCCUAAAUCAGCCAUUGAUAUUAAGCCAGAAGUCCCCUACAGCUCAGCUCCCAGUAUACUUUUAGAGAAGAAAACAGAAAAAGACAGCCAGCUUGAAAUUCAGGAGACGCAAAGAGAAUUAUGUGCUGAGGAGGAAAAAGAAGCAGCAGCAGCAGCACACACUCACAGAGAAUUUGGAGAAAUACACACACAGGAAAAAUAUGAAGACAGGUCUGAUCCCAGAUUAGCCCCUGCUGGUGUGGGGCUGUCUGACAGCAUAGCAAGUCAAAAUGAAGGAUUAAGUGGGGACUUGCAUAUGUCUUUGGAUCAGGACUGUUCCUCUGGAACGAUUUGCAUGGAUUAUUCUCAGAGUCAAAGCACAACUCUACCUCCAUGUCUGCUGCAGCAGCUGGGAUCUAGCAAACAGAGAGAGGGGACGUUCAACAAUGACCCAGGGAAAUGCAACCAAGGUGAAGAGCCAGGUGCUUCAACUUUACAAGAACGUGUGGACCCAAGACAGGACAUAACAGUGGUGAUCUCCAAUUAUAAACUCCAAGAGGGGAGUUCACAAGACAAAGCUGAACCUCUGCCAGAUGUUAAUACAAUACCUGUAACAGUCUCUGGUCUGGUUCUAGGUGAAGUUGUUGGCAAUGCUGAAGGGGCAUGCAACAGGUACCCAUCAGAUAUGCUCUCCUUCAGCUCUGGUGUUAGGGCACAGACACUGAAUGGGGUAAGAGAAAGUAUGGGGUCAGGUACCAUUCCAUCUGUUUCAGCCACAGACAAGUUAGCAGUGAAUGAGAUUGAGGAAAAGGGUCAAGGAACAGUAACAGAAGACUCUGAGGAAAUAACUUUGACACUUGAAGGAAACGCAGCUCCCACUGUCCAUAUGUCUCCUCUGAGUUGCAUCAAAGGUCAAGAAUGCAGUAUUUUUGAGUCCCAGGAAGAAGCCUGCACCUUGGAGGAGGCAAUGGAGACUCCACUCGAAGAUUUCAUGGUCCCUUCUGGACAAGCUAGAGAUUCACUGACCUUAUCUGAUCAUUUAAUUCUGAAAAAUGCAAGUGUCACCCCAUAUGCUGAUAUUGAUGGUGGAGAUCAGGAAUGCCUGAAACCCCACACAGACCUGAAGAAACAACCUGGGGCUACAGCUGCUGCCUUGCAGUUACCAGAGUGCUCCACAUGGCCUCUGACCAUGAGUGAGUUCUCUGUUGACUGUGGUCAUCCUAGCAAAGAUGAAGAGGUUAUCUCCUCGCCUGUAGGAGUCAGCGGGCUGUAUGUGGAAGGCGACCAUGCAGACAAUACCACCGAACCAGGGCAGAGCGCAGUGCAACCCCUAUUCAUGGAGGGACAGUUGCACACUCAUAAUGACAGUCUUGCAGAGAAUAAUGAAACAGUUCUGAACUCAACCAGGCAAGGGGUUCAAGAAGUAGAGAUAAGUGAUCCUGGUCCUUGGUCGUGUCACAGGGAUCUUGGCAGCCCCACAAAGCUCCACAGCAAGGAAGGUGACAGCAUGAAGAAAGAAGCAAAGCUUGUGUUGCCAGCCGAAGCUGGAAAGACCUUUUCCCUUGACAGCCAUGAGCUCCAAGAAUGCCCUGUCAGCAGUGAGGCACAGCAAGAGACAUGCCAUGCUUCUGGAGGAAAAGAGGUCCUGUCCUCAGCUCCUUGGGCAGAAGGAGGAAAGGGAGAACAGCUAGAGAACAGGUCACCUGAUGGGACUUGGGAAGAGAGGGACUCCCCCGAGGCUCCAUCUGGGCUGUCGGUUGGGGCUCCGCCCCCAGCUGAAACACUGACAUCAUCGAGGGAACAAGGUCCACCACCCACAAAUGUCUCCCAGAAAGAGCCUGUCCCAGGGAGUCCUGGGUUUCCUGUCCACUGGCAGGGCUCUGGCUCUCUCACUGCAGACUGCAGCAGCGCUUGUCUCGCCCUACACUCCAAGGCAGGGUUAGUCCAUGGAAGUGGGAGCUUUGAACGGGUCUUAGAGGCCAGCUCACUCCCUGAAACUGAAGGAUCCAAAGGGAACCUAGAGGCAGCACCAGAGCAGGGAAGAGAUGCAUCUGGAUACUCAGUCACUGAAGUGACCGAUAAUAGCAGACACGCGGACAGAAUCCAGCAAACGGAAGUGACCUCUGAGGACACAGGCUGUCUGGUAGAGUCCCUGAGACAUGCAGCAGCUUUAGCCCAAAAUGAACUACCACAUGAACACAUUAAGGAAUUCUCCCAUCUCAGCCCCAUCCAGCUAGCGGCUUCACCCACAGCUGAUCUAGAAUUCAGUACACCCAGUGAAGAGAAAGCAACCCCCCUUGGAAAGGAGGAGGAACGACCAGUUUCCAGGUGCUCUCUGAUUGGCCAGUCUGAAGCGGGAGAUCCCACCCCUGACUUGCCAGACCCCCUUGAGAAGCAGUCCCUUCAGCCACCCCUGCCUGCCUACCUUCUUCAGGACGGCGUCGAUUUCCCCACCCCUCCUCCCACCCCCCCGGAGAGGUGCUCCAGCUCCCCUCCAUCUAGCGGACCCCCGGAGCCACGGACCCCUUCGCCUGCUUUCCCCGCUCCUGAUCUACCCCCUACUCUUUGUGUAGACGUCCCAGAAGCUCAUCCCUCGCUACCCCCAACCAGGAGCUCAGACUCAGAUGGUGCGUUCGAGACCCCUGAAUCGACCACACCGGUGAAGGCUGCGCCCCCUCCGCUGCCUCCCCCAGAGCCGGACGCACAGUCACUGCAGCUACCGUCCGAAGACACGGGUUUCUGUUCGGACUCUGCCUCAGUAACAGAUGUUCCGCUGACCGAACCAGUCCCAGAAUCACCAUCCUUCUCUCCUCCCUGCCGCUCCAACUCUACCGUUUUUGACGAAGACAAGCCCAUUGCCAGCAGCGGUACCUACAACCUUGACUUACUCGCCGCGGAGCCCUUCCCUGACACAGCAUUAAGCCCCGGCUCCAAAGCAGACGACAGCGGUUGCAGACGCCGCUCUACUGACUCCCUGCCCCAGGGCCGCUGCCCCCUGACACGAUCCCUCAGCCUCCAGGCAGGGGAGUUAGACGGGCCAGACGAGGGCUCCGUUGAGGGGGUCCCUGGAAAGCUGCCGGCUGAGGUAUUCAGCAUUGGCACAGAGAGCGCGCCGGGGACACUACGCAAGACGAGGAAGCCCCGGCCAGCAUCGCUGAAAAAGAAGCCCCUCUCCAGGCAGAGCUCCAGCACUGAGGCUGAAAAGAAAGCUAAGCCCAGGCCAGAGAGCCCACCUCAAGCCAGGGAGGAAGAGGAGGAGCAGGAGGGUGCCUCUACUGUGACCAGCCCAGGGGGAACCUUGAGGAAGGACAAAACCAAGACUAAAUUCGGAAGCCCAGCUUCUAGUCCCAAGGAAGCAGAGCAGCCAACCCCAGCAUCCCCUGUUCACCCUCCUGCUCCUGUCUCACCCCCUGUCCCUGAUGAGGAGUCCCCCAUACCCCCGAAGGCGUCCUAUAACUGGGACCCAGACAAUUUUGAGGGAAUAGACCCGUUCCGUACAGGAGGCAGCAAAGUGCCCAACUCCCCAGUGCUGUGUAGAAAAGGGACAUCCUUCACAUCAGCUGCAGAUCCCCCUGACCCCCCUGAGGAACCAGCACCCCCUGCUCUCCCUUCACCCCCUGUGCCAGCUGCCGUGAUCCCGCACGAGGAGCAGCCCCUCAACAAGCGUCAGUCUGUUCGGCUGGAGUUUGACUACUCUGAGGAAGGCGGAGAGGGGGGCCGAGAGACCACACCGCCACCCAAACGGCUGGGUAAGAAGCCUGGAGCAAAGAUGCCCCUCCGCAAGCCCAAGCCGGGGGUCCGAAAACCCCCACCUCCAGACGAGCCGCUCGACAACGCCUCCACCGCAGUCCAGCCUUCCGAAAAUAAUGAUGAUAUCCUGAUUCCCAAAGCCACCUACGGCUUUGACCCCAGCAAGUGGGAGGACCCCAACUUCAACCCAUUUUCCUCCAAAAGUGGGAUCCCCAACUCACCACGGCUCCCACGGACGGGUUACAACUUUGAUCCGGACUCAUUUGAUGACUCUAUCGAUCCCUUCAAGACCUCUAACAAGAUGGGGAACUCGCCUCCAAAGUCAUCCACCACCUCAUUUGAGGUGUCUGCUGAUGACAAUGACAAUGACAGCAUCAGGGACCUAGAAGAUCUAAACCAGAACAAACCAGCCAAAAAGAAGAAGACGCCGUUGAAGUCGAUGUUCGGCGAUUCAACGUCUCUUUGUUGUCUGUUUAAUACAUUCAGGGUGAAGAAGUCCCCAAAGAGGUCUUCAAUGUCCGAGACGUCAUCGCAGGAGCAAACCCCCCUUUCCACUCCUGAUACGCCCCCCGUUAUGCCACAGGACGAACACGCCACCGACGAGGAGAAGCUUGCCUCCUCCAGCAAUCAGAAGUGGGCUGCUCUGCAAGGUGUGGAGACAGAGCUGACCUCUCACCCCCAGGACUACCCCCAGCCCUCCGACCUUACGGCCUUUGUCAAUGAGAACAGCCUGGGCUCACAGAUGCACGUGCAAGACUAUGAGAUUGAGUACAUGGAGAAGAUUGGAUCUUCUUCCCCUCCGCUGUCUGUAAAGAAACCGUCUCUUUACCUCAAGUUGGACUCUGUGACAGACAGCCCUGCCAAGAGCUCCUGCACGCGGGAUUCUGAGCCCAGCUCCCCCUGCACUGGCAGUUUCGAGGAGAUGGAGGCCCAGAUCUCCGCUGGUGGGAAGUCACCGGUGCUGUCCUCCUCCCGUGGGGCCCCGGAGCUGGCAGGAACAGAGAAAAGCCGGAAACGGGAGAACGAGUCGCUGGGCCAUGCCCCUGGCGCUGAGCGAGAUGGAGUGACCCCCUCCCAGGACCCCGAGGACCCCAACAACAGCCUGCUGUUAGACAGACUGGCGGAAUCUGGGGGGCCACUUCACUACAUGGAGCCUGACUUAGCUGAGACCAACCCCACCGCCUUUGCUCAGAAAUUGCAGGAGGAGCUGGUGCUCGCUGCUCUGAGGAUAGAGGCUCUGCAAGUAGCCCAAAAAAUCUCCCAGAGUCCCUCUCUGCCCACUGUAGACCUGGAGCAUCAGAGGGAAGUGAUGUCUCCUGCCGAAAGCACUGUGUCCAAGGGCUCCCUGUACUCGCGCACUGGCUACAGCGAAGGGGAUGCCAGUCCUUACCUGCCCCGUGAUCUGGACCACUCCCUGGGCAUUGCACGUGAGGAGAUUGUUACCAAGGAGAAAGAAGUAGCAGAGUGGCAACGAAAGUACGAGGACAGCAGACAAGAAGUUGUUGAAAUGCGGAGGAUCGUAGCAGAGUAUGAAAAGACGAUCGCUCAGAUGAUCGGCAUGCCUGAGGAUGAGCAGAGGGAGAAGUCGUUGUCCCACCACACCAUCCAGCAGCUGAUCGUGGAGAAGGACCAGGCCCUGGCAGACCUCAACUCCGUGGAGAAAUCCUUGGCCGAUCUCUUCCGCCGCUAUGAGAAGAUGAAGGACGUGCUGGAGGGUUUCCGCAAGAACGAGGAGGUCCUGAAGAAGUGUGCGCAGGAGUACCUGUCCCGGAUCCGCAAGGAGGAGCAGCGGUACCAAGCUCUGAAGAUCCAUGCCGAGGAGAAGCUGGACAAGGCUAAUGCCGACAUUGCGCAGGUGCGAGCCAAGGCCAAGCAGGAGCAGGCAGCCUACCAGGCCAGCCUGCGCAAGGAGCAGAUGAAGGUGGAGUCUCUGGAGCGUACGCUGGAGCAGAAGAACAAAGAGAUAGAGGAACUGACCAAGAUCUGUGAUGAACUCAUAUCCAAGAUGGGGAAGAGCUAGAGGAGCUGCACUGCCACACUCUGCCUCCCCCGUGUCUCCCCCAAGGGGCCACUGGGAGAAGAGGGGAGACGGAGCAGGAGACAGAGAAACGGGUGGAGAAACCCCACCACUGCCUCCUAACACUGCCUGUCUGUAGAGCCUGUGGAUGGAAGGACAGAUGGCAGAGUCGUUCACCACGUUUCACCAGUCCCUCACACUACUGUAUUUCCUUUGUGGCCAGAUCGGUACCUCCUGUGUUGGAGCUUCUAGAUAAUGGGAGGUCCGUAGCUAUUUUGUGCUUUGUGCUGUUUUAAUAUACAUAAAUAUAUCAAGUUUCCUGUAUCAGGGGUCUUGUGAAAGAGCAGAAAAUGAACUCUCAAUGUCAGCGGAGAGAACACGGGAGACGGAAAGCGAACGGCGAUGAGGUCGAUCAUCCGACAUUGUUUCACCAUAAAAAAAAAAAAACACGUGGAAACCA